AUGCCCGAGGUCCCCGCAGCUCGCGCCUGGCCUCUCCUGCUCCUGCUGGCUGUCCAGCUCGGCACAGCCGCCGGCGCUCCUCAGCCGUGGCACUGCGCUCCCUGCUCCGCUGAGAGGCUUGCGCUCUGCCCGCCCGUGCCUGCCUCGUGCCCGGAACCCUCCCGGCCCGCCGGCUGCGGCUGCUGCCCGACGUGCGCCCUGCCGCUGGGCGCCGCAUGCGGCGUGGCCACUGCGCGCUGCGCCCGCGGGCUCAGCUGCCGCGCGCUGCCUGGGGAGCCGCGGCCCCUGCACGCCCUCACCCGCGGCCAGGGCGCCUGCAUGCUCGUGCCCGACGCCGUGCCCAGCGCCGAGGCCACAGCCCCUGACAGCGUGCCCCCUGAGAGCACAGAGAUGACCCAGGAGCAGCUCCUAGACAGUUUCCACUUGAUGGCCCCAUCCAGCGAGGACCUGCCCAUCAUCUGGAACGCCAUCAGUAAUUACCGGAACAUGAGGUCUCGUGAGAUCUCUGACAUCAAAAAGUGGAAGGAGCCCUGCCAACGAGAACUCUACAAAGUGCUGGACAGAUUAGCCAAGGAGCAGCAGAAGGCAGGGGAUGAACUUUACAAGUUUUAUCUGCCGAACUGCAACAAGAAUGGAUUCUAUCACCCCAAACAGUGUGAGACGUCCCUGGAGGGAGAGGUGGGGCUCUGCUGGUGUGUCUACCCUUGGAGCGGGAAGAAGAUCCCAGGGUCUGUGGAGAUCAGAGGAGACCCCAAAUGCCAUCAGUAUUUCAACAUACAGAACUGAGAACAGGUGCAAUAUGAUCUAUUCCUUCACAUGAAAUAUUUAAGUAUAUAGUAUAUUUAUACAGUAGCAUAC